AUGUGACGCAUCCUCAAACAGCAGCCGUUUUAUCUGGCUUGUGCUUUAAUAUUAAUUGAAAUUAAAACAGUGUUAUAAAAGAAAUUGAAAUGGAAUAGACAUGACGCUUAAAUGGACUAUGGCUACUAUGUGAUGACAUUUGUGCACGAGCCGCAGAUUUAUGUUGACCUAAUGGGCAAAGAAAGAAGGCAGAGGAUGAUCUAUGUACUUCAUUAAACGCCAGCAUUGGGGUUCUAGAUUGUGAUGUCCUCACAGAAAAAAAAAACCCGGCAGACUCCAACAAUAAGGAACGUGACAGGGGCCUGUCUAUAUAUUCUACCACAAAUGUCAGUGUGAGGGCAGUAGAUAUUUGAAGAUUCGUCUUUUUGUUUGGUUUCCACACUCCAAUUUGUUAAUUCUCUUUUGAGUGUUUUCCUCUAUUUCAUCCAAUGAUAUGUUCCUGUGCAGUGGGCUUUUCAAACUAGACAUCCUUUUUAAAGAUUUUCUUUUUCUAUUAUGUUCAUUAAGCCUCGGUCUACAGGUUUCUCAGAGCAGGUAUAUGAAAAGGUAACACCAUUUAUCAGGUCUGAACAUUUGGUUCUAAGUCCAUGAAGGUAAUUAUUUGUGCUUCAGCUUACGCUUGUCUGGCCUAUUGUUCACUUUUAGGGAUAUUUCAACAAUUGCGUGUGUUUUUUGACGACCAAACUGGACUUGGACUUGGACUCUGAGGAAGAUCUCAAAGCAUCGUCUAGCAUUUUUAAGCUUUCGGAGAGGUCAAAGUACAUCAACAGGUCAUAAUUCAUCUCACUCUAAACCUCUUCCCUUUUUGUAAUGUGUGGACUCUCUUUAUCAGAUAUUGUCCAGUAAUUCAGUUACAGAACUUCAAGUUUUGUCUAGAGCAAAAUGACCCUUUCUUUGGGCUCUUGCCUUGAGACUGGAUGAAACCAGACUUGAGGUGGAAAUGUGACAGUGACAGAAUGCCACUUAUUUCAAUGUCUAAUAUGACUGGGAAAUGGACUUUCUCUGUGUUACAGAGUUAUAUUUGCUCAAAACGAAGCCAACUGGUCACAACUGUGGAGAAAUGCUGACCAGUUUUCAUAUUAAUUGCAUGUCUCUCUUGUGUCUUUAAACAUCCGUCCAUUUAAAUAAGGAAAUGUGAAGAGGUUCUAAAGGGAAAAAUCGGUCUGUAUAUGCAUGCUGUUAUAUUCAUUUAUUAUUACACUCAUAUUUUCUAUGCUAUUUUAAUGCAUGUCAAAUUUUGUUCUUUUCAGCUUCCCCUUUAUGUUCUAAAGCUUGAGACUUGUUUAUGUUUUUCUGUUCAUGUUAUAUAAGUUCCUUUCUUUCCUUCUGCAUCUCUCUGCUCUGCUUGAGCUUCGCCUUGUUUGUCUGUGCAUUUUAGCUGCUCAAUUUCUUAUGUGGUUGCUAUACAUUGCGCAUAGGCCUAAAGCAGCACCGUUUUCCCUGUCUGGUCUCUGCCCACCAACUGACCUUGUCAAAACUAUUUCUAAAGCUGAGAAACUGCAUUAAAACUGACUUUUUUCUUUAUUCACUGCAAAAAUAAAAAAUUCCAGGAAUACUAGUUUAUUGAUACCGGACAGCUUCCUAUGGUGGACAGAUUGCUCAAGUAGAGACUACGCGACUCUUCAAAAGAGGGACUCUGAUGAUGUCAGAGAUGAUCUCUAAUGCGAUUGUGUUCCGUCUCUGGGCAACGAUUGGCUGCCGGGAUCUGAAUGACAAUAAGGACUGUUUCAGGCCAUAAGCCUCGCUGUGGAAUACAAUCAACGACUUUCUCGCGGAAACAUCCCAAUUGUUGAAUCCACUUUGACCCUGGAUUUAUCUGUCAAACUCUUGAACGCUUUUAUUCUGUGUGCUGUCGCUAGUAAUGGGGGCUGCUCGGGUGAAGCGGCGCUUCAGUGCAGUUGUGGAUACACCUCUGGAUGAGGAGGAAGUCAUGAGACUGGCGCAAAGUGACGAUGUCACUUCCUCCCAUUCGGGCGUGCUUCCUUCUCCCGACUGCAAUGGCAAAGUGCUCAACCCUUAUCACAGCAAUGGAGGAAGGAGUGAAGAGAGGGAUGAGGAUGAUGAUGUGCAGGAGGAUGAUGAUGAUGAAGAAGAGGGAGGGAGGAGGGGGGGAGAAGGAGGAGGGCGUGGCUCGGCACUCAAGGGGGAGUCUGGGGCAGAGGGGAGGUGGGAGAGGAGCAAGAGAGCAUCCUCGCCUUCCCUCUCUCCCUUACCGCCCCGCGAUCGCCGCGGCCAGUCCCGCCGGCCCCGGCGGCGCUUUGUAGGCAAGGACGGGCGCUGCAACGUCACCUUCGUCAACAUGAGCGAGAGGGGCCAGCGCUACCUCACCGACCUCUUCACCACCUGCGUGGACAUCCGCUGGCGCUGGAUGCUCGUGGUGUUCACCCUCUCCUUCUUGCUCUCCUGGCUUCUCUUUGGAUUCGCUUUCUGGCUCAUCGCCGUCGCUCACGGGGAUCUGGCUUCCCUGGCGUCAUCUUCCUCUUCUCCUUCGUCUGUUUCUUCCUCUUUUGCUCCUCUGCAACCUGCCGGGGUCUCGGGCCCGGUGCAGACAGUGGCGGAGACGGAGGAACGCUGCUUUCAGCAGGUGAACAGCUUUAUGGCGGCGUUCCUCUUCUCUCUAGAGACGCAGACAUCUAUAGGCUACGGCUUCCGGAGCGUUACCGAGGCCUGCCCCCUGGCGGUGUUUGCUGUCGUGUUGCAGUGCAUUGUGGGCUGCAUCAUCGACGCUUUCAUCAUUGGGGCGGUAAUGGCUAAGAUCGCCAAGCCCAAGAAGCGCAAUGAGACACUGGUGUUCUCGGAUGUGGCUGUGGUGGCCAUGAGGGACGGGAAACUCUGCAUUAUGUGGCGAGUUGGAAACAUGCGCAAGAGCCACCUGGUGGAGGCCCAUGUACGAGCACAGAUACUGAAGUCACGGGUGACCCCUGAGGGUGAGUUCCUGCCAUUGGACAAUGCAGACCUCAAUGUUGGCUUUGACAAUGGAACAGAUCGCAUCUUUUUGGUGUCACCUGUGACCAUCGUGCACGAGAUAGAUGAGGAGAGCCCUUUCUUUGAGGUGGACAAACUAACACUAGAGGGGGACAAAGAGCUGGAAGUGGUGGUGAUUCUGGAGGGCAUGGUGGAGGCCACUGCCAUGACAACCCAAUGCCGGUCUUCAUACCUGGCCUCUGAGAUCGUCUGGGGUCACCGCUUUGAACCUGUGCUCUUUGAAAGGAAGAACUGCUACCAGGUGGACUACUCUUACUUCAACAGGACUUAUGAGGUCACGGACACGCCAACCUGCAGCGCUAAAGAGUUAGCAGAGAAAAAGUACAUCCAGGGCUCCCGUUCCUCCUUUUGUUACGAGAACGAAGUGGCUCUGCAGCUCUCCUCCUCUGUCCAUUCCUGUCCCGACCAAUUCUCUCCAUCCCCCUGUUCUUCCCCCUCUCCCUCGCCCUCUUUCGUUCGGCCCACACCACCACCUCGACAAGAGCACCCACACAUACACUGAGCCAUGUGGCUGGGAUAAAAGGGCACCGGGGAAAGCAGUGGUCAAAGGAAGAAAAGGAGGUAGAGAAAGAAAGGGAAAGGGUGAGGAUGGAGGGAGGAGUUGGAACUGGGGGGAGAGAGAAAGAGAACCAGCAAAUGGACAAAGACCUGGAAAGACAGACUUGGACAGGGGACUAAGGCAAAGAGGACCAUAAAGGGACAAUGUAGGACUGAUUAAUGACAAAAGGUCAUGCUUACGAUGGGGUGAGAAAAGACAGAAUGCACAAAAGAUGGAGAAUAGAAAAGGGAAAGGGGCCUCUUACCGCCUGGGAGGAGAGAACCAACGAGCAAAAUAGUGAGACAGUGGGGCAAAUUCACUAAACGGUUGCAUCAGUGCAGUAUUUCAGCUUAUAACUCCCCGUAAUCCUGUUUAGACUUUUCAAGGCAAAACACUCAGCGGCCAUCUUGGAAGCACUAUGGUUCCCUACACAAAAAACCUAUAGAAUUUUUCCAUUGACUUUUGGAUAUUAGCAGAAUAUAAGCUCUGCGACCAACAGAAGUUAAUCAUUCUUUUACAUUUUGCUCAUCAUGACAAUCUCAACAAAUUAACACAACUUUUACGAAUUUUAAAUUGCCAGAAGUAAAAAGCUAAGCGUAGUCCAUAAACGAACACUGCGAACACAUGACUUUAGUGCCACCAACAUUAAGUUUCACUCUCAUUCUUUAUUUACAGGAUGGAAAGUUGGAUUUUGAAUAGUUUGCACAGGUAUAAACACAAGUUUUCCUGUUCGCUGUAAUGGCGUUUGAUGUCCCACAACAUCUGUAGUCCCAUUUAGCCACUUAUCUAAAUGGUAGUUAUCAGCUACGUUUUUCAAUGUGUUAAAGUUUUUAAAAAAACCACAAAUGGGGUAUAAUUGAUGUGUUUUAUUACGUCAGAAUAAAAUGUGAAAAUAUCUUGAGCUUGUGUUCACCACAGACCUUAUUACAGGCAUUCAAACAUGAACCCAUUCAAAAAAAAACCUAUUAGCUUCAGUCAAUGAAUCAUUACUUACUCAUUACAUUUACUCAUUUAGCUGAUGCUUUUAUACAAAGCGACUUACAACUGUUAUGUCAGAGGUCGCACGCCUCUGGAGCAACUA